AUGGGCAGCCCUUGGGCCCGCCCCGGCAGCCCUUGGACCGCGGCAGCCCUUGGGCUUUCCCCGGCAGCCCUUGGGCUCUCCCCGGCAGCCCUUGGGCCCGCUCCGGCAGCCCUUGGGCCCGCCCCGGAAGCCCUUGGGCCCACCCCGGCAGCUCCCAAUGAAAGCAUUACCAUCUCAGAUGAAAGCAUUACCACCUCAGAUGAAAGCAUUACCAUCUCAGAUGAAAGCAUUACCAUCUCAGAUGAAAGCAUUACCACCUCAGAUGAAAGCAUUACCAUCUCAGAUGAAAGCAUUACCAUCUCAGAUGAAAGCAUUACCAUCUCAGAUGAAAGCAUUACCAUCUCAGAUGAAAGCAUUACCAUCUCAGAUGAAAGCAUUACCAUCUCAGAUGAAAGCAUUACCAUCUCAGAUGAAAGCAUUACCAUCUCAGAUGAAAGCAUUACCAUCUCAGAUGAAAGCAUUACCAUCUUAGAUGAAAGCAUUACCAUCUUAGAUGAAAGCAUUACCGUCUCAGAUGAAAGCAUUACCGUCUCAGAUGAAAGCAUUACCAUCUCAGAUGAAAGCAUUACCAUCUUAGAUGAAAGCAUUACCAUCUCAGAUGAAAGCAUUACCAUCUCAGAUGAAAGCAUUACCAUCUCAGAUGAAAGCAUUACCAUCUUAGAUGAAAGCAUUACCAUCUUAGAUGAAAGCAUUACCGUCUCAGAUGAAAGCAUUACCAUCUCAGAUGAAAGCAUUACCACCUCAGAUGAAAGCAUUACCAUCUCAGAUGAAAGCAUUACUAUCUCAGAUGAAAGCAUUACCAUCUCAGAUGAAAGCAUUACCAUCUUAGAUGAAAGCAUUACCAUCUCAGAUGAAAGCAUUACCAUCUUAGAUGAAAGCAUUACCAUCUUAGAUGAAAGCAUUACCAUCUCAGAUGAAAGCAUUACCAUCUCAGAUGAAAGCAUUACCAUCUCAGAUGAAAGCAUUACCAUCUCAGAUGAAAGCAUUACCAUCUCAGAAGAAAGCAUUACCAUCUCAGAUGAAAAUCAUCUUGACAGUCGCCGUCAAACUGCACUUGACAAGUUGAGGAUAAAGUCCUAUCAAUAA